AUGAAGAUCUCUCAGCUCCUAUCUUUUGGUCUGGUUCUUCUAGGCGCUGUCGACGCUGCUCCAGUUGAACAACGCGAUACUGCCGUCGACCCUACAAACAACCAGGCAGGCUGGGGCAGACGAGGUACAGCAGUUGAUCCCACCAACAACCAGGCAGGCUGGGGAAAGCGUGGUACUGCUGUUGAUCCUACAAAUAAUCAGGCAGGAUGGGGAAGACGAGAUACCGCUGUGGAUCCCACAAAUAACCAAGCUGGCUGGGGCAAACGCGACACCGCAGUUGACCCCACGAACAAUCAAGCUGGCUGGGGCAGACGAGGUACAGCAGUUGACCCUACGAACAAUCAAGCUGGCUGGGGCAGAUAA